CACUAACGUCAGAUUCAAGGAAUUAAAAUUAAUAACAAUGGGUUUAUUUUUGUUAAAAUAAUACAAAUAAAUAAAAAUGGGCUUUGCAUAACAUUUCAUCCCUGAAAAACCACAACAAGUCAUCCCUGAAAAAUAUGUCUCGUAGAGGAGGCGGCAGCCGUAGUCCGCGGUCAUCAUACUCCAGGUCCGAAAGGUCAGCGCCGUCCCGGUCGCCACCGAUGAUCGUCCAGCCGCAACGGUCGGUGUUCCGCGAUGCUGCCGCAGUGGCUGGUGGCGUUACUGUCGGUACUACCAUGGGUCACUUAGCCGGUGAGGCCAUAAGCGGCCUGUUCGGCGGUCGCCGGCGCCAGGAGGUUGCAGAGGCUUUACCCCGAGACUACUCUAUGAAUCAAGCGCCGUCCGGUCCCUGCGCCUACGAGAUUGCCACAUUCCUCAACUGUGCGGCCGACCAUCAGGACCUGGGGGAAUGCGCGGCUUUCCAUGAGGCGCUUAAGCAGUGCAAGAAGAGACAUGGUCUAAACUGAAGCCGGGCGACAUACUUCUGCAUCUAUCCAUCGACUAAGCUAAAACCAAAAUCACCAGAUCAGUUUUAAUGAAUUAUACCGAAUAAAAAUAGCUCAAUAAAAAAAUACUAUCUAUACCUUUUCCGUGAUUUCGUAUCUUCAGUUUGAUUUCGUUUUUAUAGUGUGAUAGGAAUAAAACAAAAUAUUUACAGUGUGUAUAUAAAACUUAAUAUUUAUUUACACGAAGUACAUAUAAUAUGUUGUGACAUUUUGUUGCAUAAAUAAAAAUAUUUUCGCUUCAAUUCAAAAUAAACUUAAUAGGUUUCUUUUUGGGAUAACAAUAAACUAUUCGAGAUAUAUCGGUUCCAGGAUCCUGUUUAUAUAAAUAUUAACUUAAUAUAAACACUAUUCGAUUCAAACCUCACGUAAAGAUCUGCAAGUUUUUAAUAAAAAAUAUAAACACGGAUUACGUGAGCUGAGAAACUAUUUUAUUUACAUUAAUGUAAUUAAAUUUAUUUCUGUACAAGUUUUGUAAUAAGAAAAUCAGAUAUUUUACAAUUUGGCACAUUGAAUACUUCGGAGAGGGGUAUGGGUGUGGGGGAUAGUUCGGCGUCUAAUAUAAUGCCUGAUUCAUUCUUUGGAUUUGACUGUACCUUUAGCACAGAGGACAGAGUUGAUCGAUGAUACCCAGUAUACGCUGCUUUAAUACUGUUGUCAUAAAGAGGACUUCAUUUGUUUUGACUUUUUGAGCACCGUGGCCGUUUCGAUAUAAGUAAUAGGGUUGUACGUUAUACUAGUUCUGUAGCUGUAGCAUAAUGGGACAUUUUCCUCGUCCUCUGUGCCCUUAGCUCGCGAGAGCCAUUUGCGCAGAUCCUUGACUUACUGCCGAGUACUCAAACGAACCAAUACACGAUACAUAACUACUAGAAAUCUAACUUGUACUGCUUUGCUUGUGUUACUCGUAGUGAGAAGGGAAUAACAGCUUAGAGGACCUAAUCAAGAUAACAGUUCUUCGCAGCGAAAACGAAACGCAAUGUCUCUAUAGCACUAAUAUCAAAAAGACAAUAUUGUUUUCUAUAGUUUUCGCUAACAAUUGUCAUUAUGGCUAGGCUCCAGGUAUUUAGGUGUAGGUACUGACCGCUAACAACUACUUAGCGACUAACAUUAACCAACAUGAUAAAUCAAAUUACGUACAAAACGUCAAGCCGCUUCAGGCUUGGACAAGCCCAAAAAGGGUCAAAAGUUACUACAAAAGUCAGGCACAUUGUAAAGUGACCUAGCAAAAUGUACUGGCUCUAAUGCUUCAAACAUGAGUAACAGGUAAAAGUGUAACAUUAUUCAUAGAGGGCUUACCGCAAAACAGUCGAAAUUUCGUUUUAAGUUUCACAUUGGAAAGAUAAAGUUCGUUUUUCGUGGUAGGUCCUCUGAUUUGUAAUGUUUAAUUAUCGUUUAGAUUUGCAAGUACAAAAACAAUUUUUAGUUUUCGUGAAACAAAGAAAACGGCAUUAAAUAACAGUGAAAGAUUCGUUCGAUUGUCGUACGUUCGCCUUAAUCACUAAAAUUUAACUAAAGUAUACUUUAACGCUUAAGCUAAAUCAGUCUAAUUCUUAAAGCGACAUUAAUCAUAUGUCCAACAAUAAAUCUUGAACGAAUGCUUCAAUCACCACACUGGAAAUUCAUAAGGCCACUAGGUUCAAUAGUUUACAAUUUUAUUUUUAACUUACGUAUUCGUAACCCGGAGAAUAUUAUAAUUUUACAA